AUGACCAUGAGCGCCGCCUCCAUUGAGCAAGAGCCGUCACGCAAGCUGGCCUGUUGUGGAGUUCCCUUGAUAACGGAGGACAUGCAGUCGCUGGCCAUCCGCACGCUUUCCGGCACGGACAUCAACAAGCACUACGACCUCAUCCGUGAGCUGGGGAAGGGCACCUACGGGAAGGUAGACCUGGUCUCCCAUAAGAGCACAGGCACCAAGAUGGCUCUGAAAUUUGUCAACAAGAACAAGACCAAACUGAAGAAUUUCCUGAGGGAGUUCAGCAUCACCAAUACUCUCUCUUCCAGCCCGUUCAUCAUCAAAGUGUUUGAUGUGGUCUUUGAGACAGAGGACUGCUAUGUCUUUGCUCAGGAAUAUGCCCCUGGAGGAGACCUUUUUGACAUCAUUCCUCCCCAGGUGGGGCUGCCAGAGGACAUGGUGAAGCGCUGCGUGCAACAGCUGGGUCUGGCGCUGGACUACAUGCACAGCAAAAACUUGGUGCACCGGGACAUCAAGCCGGAAAACGUCCUCCUGUUUGACCGCGACUGCCGGCGUGUCAAGCUGGCUGACUUCGGGAUGACGCGCAAGGUGGGGUGCCGGGUGAAACGCAUCAGUGGCACCAUCCCCUACACAGCGCCUGAAGUGUGUCAGGCAGGCCGGGCGGAGGGUUUCACGGUGGACGCGAGCAUCGACGUCUGGGCGUUCGGGGUGCUCAUCUUUUGCGUUCUGACCGGCAACUUCCCCUGGGAAGCGGCCACAGCCUCGGACUCUUUCUUUGAGGAGUUUGUGAGGUGGCAAAAGGGGCGCCUGGCGGGCGUCCCCUCUCAGUGGCGCCGCUUCACGGACAACGCACUGCGGAUGUUUCAACGCUUGUUGGCCCUCGACCCGGAGAAACGCUGCCCAGUGAAGGAGCUUUUUCUCUUCAUCAAGUACGACCUGAUGUCCGAGAUGCGCCGGCGGCCAUCUUAUCGUUCCCGCAAGCACACUGGGGACAAGCUCUCGGCUGGCCCGCACCGCCACGAGACGCCCAGUGGCUGCACCCCAACCCCACUUAAGAGGACCAUCCUGACGGAGGGCAGCAUCUCUCGACUGGUGGCUUCGGAGCCGGGCCUCCCUUCCCCUGGCGGAGGAAGCAGGACUGACAGCCGGGCAGACAAGGCUAAAGGCCAGAUGGUUUUGGCAACCGCCAUCGAGAUCUGCGUCUGA